AUGAGUUUUUUAAGGAUAAAUCGUUAUCCACCAUGUCCAAGACCUGACCUAGCUUUAGGUGUUGGUCAACACAAAGACGUCGUCGUUCUAACUGUAUUGGCUCAAGAUGAAGUUGGACGAUUACAAGUGAGUCGUAGAUCAGACGGUGUUUGGUUUCCCGUUAGACCCGUCCCUAAUGCUCUUGUCAUCAAUUUAGGAAACUGUAUAGAGAUAUGGACGAAUGAUAACUAUUGGAGCGCAGAGCAUAGAGUGGUGGUGAACACAACAAGAGAAAGAUACUCAAUACCAUUCUUCUUGUUGCCUUCACACGAUGUUGAAGUGAAGCCAUUAGACGAGCUUGUGAGUCCUGAAAGCCCACCAAGGCGGAGGAGACAGCGGCGUGGGAGAGGUUUGCGUCACCGCUCUUCUUCUUCUUCUUCUUCGGAUGAGGAUGGUGGUGGUCUUGGGUUUACGAAUUCGUCGCAGCAGAAUGUUUCGUUAGCUCAAUUGGACGAUAGAGGAAGUACUACUAGUACUGAUCUAAAAUGUGAGGGUGGUGGUCGUGGAAACUGGAGAACUAUUGAAGAUGACAUUGCAUCCUGGUCUUCAGUUUAA